AUGCAGUCUGGUCUUCAAACUCAACACUCCGGUCCAAGAUUAGAAUGCUGUCUGGCCCGUGUUGCCCCAUGUUAUGUUGUGUGUCCACUCAGCAUUCCCACCCUCCUUCGCGUGCUCAAUGCACCAGACAUCUUUUUCGGGAUACGAGCGGCCACUGCCGUUUUAAAUGGCUCGUGGUUGGUCAAUGCUGGUGAUGGAUGGGGUGGUUGCUGGCAACAAGGUUUCGACUUUGCCCGCGCCAGCGUGGAGCCGCAUGUCGCCUCUUCGUAUUUUCAUCGUCAACUUUCUCCCAGCUCCGCUUCACGUGAGGGGGCAUCAGCUCACUGCGAUCCGGAGUACCUGGUAGAAACGGACGAGAACGAAUCCAAGCGAAUCCUCAAGCAGUGA